UGACAGCUUUUCGGCAUGUUGGAUAUGUUAGAGCAGUGUCUCCCAAACAGGGUGCCUCCAGCUGUUGCAAAACUACAACUCCCAGCAUGCCCGGACAGCCAAAGGCUGCCAGCCGGGGUUACCCUGGUUGGGGACUACUGUGAUGACAUGUCGAAGUUACCAGGUUCUUUCAUAUUCUUAAUACUGACUCUUUUCUUCUGUUAUGGAAUUACUAGAGCUGCAGAAACCUUCUGUCCUACACUAACUGUUAGGAGAGAGAUCUUGAAAAAUGGAUUUCACAGGGAUCUGGUCACAAGAGUAAAGAUUCACAGUACUGCCAAGCAGACAGCCAGCUGCAGAGUAUUGCUCUACGAGACUAUCCCAUCUGGGCUGUUUCUGGAUCCCUAUCAGCUUUCCUCUCUGAGACAGCACAAUCUAACAGAGGUGGUUUUACUGAAUUCAGUGGAUUUAGAAGCUCCAGAGUAUCUGUGUGCAGAAUCAAAUGUGCUGGUGUAUACAAGACCAGACCAGUCAUGUGACGAUUGCUUCAUCUCAUCCGUGCCAAUUCAUGCUAGAUACCACCGCCCAUCAGCAGAAGCCAGUGAAGUGUCCAUUGUUCUACACAAGCCUCAACUGCUCAUUCACUGUAGCAAAGGCGUUCUUUUGAGCUGCGUGGAUUAUCCUAUAGUUGAAGCUCCUUGUGGACCUGCUGAUGAAAUAAAUUGCCAGUGGAUGGACAUCCCUUACACUGAGGUUGAAGAGAAGCUUGCGUUCCAGGUGCCAGUGGGCAUGACACCACAUGGACCAGCGGUUUGUGCUAUCACUGUAGCAGUCACCAUGUUUUGCACUGGAUUGAUAAUCUCUUCAGUUUACAAGCACAGAAAGCUUUACAGAUAGCAUAUACCAUCUCCACAAUGUAUUAUACUCACAGCUAGAUAAUGUUACUGGUAAUUGUUAUUUUUUAAUAGACUUAAAUUAUAUGGAAUGUGUCAUUGGAAAAGUGCCUAUUGUUUGAAUCAACUUUUUACGUUAAACAUAUUUUUUUUCAAGAAUUUCUGGUGAAUGUUAUGUGUAUUUUGCCAUUUUACUAUCUGUAUUAUACAAUUAUCCCAAAAAUCUUGCAAUUUCCAUUCUGACCACCAAGCUUGAAACUAAGAUAAGACAUCCUGUCCUGUCUUUAAUAAUUAGGAGGUUGCUGGAAAGUGAUAAAAACAGCAAUAGGGUGCAUUCACACCACGUUUUUGCAAUACAGUUCCCGUAUAUGUUUUCAAUGUGAAAACCGUACGGGACCGUAUUGAAAACCGUAUGCAUUGACUCUCCAUUGAAAACCGUAUGCCAAAAGAUGCAUCAGGUUGUGUCCGUUUUGCAUCCUGUACGGUUUUGUCAGUUUUUUCCUGUACCCAAAACAGGAGCCUACCACGGUUUUUGGUCCGGGUGAAAAACCAUAUUAAACCAUAUAUGUUUUUUUUUUUUUUUUUUGUCUUGGGAGUCAAUGGGAACUGUAUGUGCGUACGGUUCCAUACAGUUUUUGACUUUGUAUAGUUUUUUUUUUCUUGGAAUUUCAAUCAAACAAGUAAAACUUUAUUCAUAAUGGAGUGAAAAGUUAAAAACGUAUAUGGUUUUUAUCUUAAAAACGGAUGCAACCGGACACCAUUUUUCAAACCGUACACUGUUUUUAACUGUAUACGGGUUAAAAUUUGUGCACACGUUUUGAUACGGUCUAGUCCGGUUUUGAGGAAUCUGUUUAGUUAUCAAAAACCUGAUACAGGAACUGUAUCGCAUAAACGCGGUGUGAAUGCACCCCUUACAGCGAAAGGUGAGAGCAGAAUAUAAACUAGACAAUAGUAGCUCAUUCUCCCAGUAGAAUGACCUCUGCACAGGUCAGAGCAUGCUUUCAAGCCUGCUCCAUACUAAGAAUAAGGUCUUAAAAUGUUCAUUGUGUAUAUGUCCUUGUGGCUUGUUGUAAAGCAUACCACUAAAUGCUUUUAAAAACAGGUCAAGCAAGAUGGCUGCACCCAUAAUAAUGUACUCAUAAAGAAAAAAAAAACAGAAAAAGAUUAGAUUAGAAAAAGCCAGAAUGUGUUUUAGUAUCGGUAGUGUUUAGUAUCUCGAAUAAGUAAAGGAAAUCUAGGUGAUACAUUGGCCCUCAUUUACAUGUUUUGUCGAGUUGUGCGCCAGAUUCUGUCACAUUGCGCCAGAAAUUCUGUCUGCGCCACGUUUUGCGCCAGAAUUGAUAAAACACCCCGACUAACUCUCCAUUUUGCUAAGAAAACCCUAAAAGGGGCGUGACCUUCGGGAAAAGGGGUGUGGUCUCCUAAAAGAGGCAUGUUCUCGACAUUUUCACAAAAACCCAACAUAUUUACUAAGGUUUCAACUUAAAAUGUGGUGGAUUUGAGCUGAGGAAAACCCUACAGAUCAGAGCAUGUGUAAAAAAAAAAAAAGCAAAAUGUAGGGAAAGUAGAAAAUGUAGGGAAACCUUAGUAAAUACCAUGGAAAAUAAAUUGUAGGGCAUUAAAACCCACAAAGAAGCCUACACAACACUCUUAGUAAAUAAGGGCCAUUCUGUUUGUUAGUCUGUCAUUCUUUUUUUGUAUAACCAGUAAAUAAAUGUUAGGGUCUAUAUAAAGAGAAUAUUAUAUCUUGAUGCAGGAGAAAGAAAUAUAAUAGGUAGAUAGAUAUUUAAAUGGAUGAA